GCUUUUCGGCCCAUUUGGAGGAAUUGGGCUGUUUGAGAAAGAGGCUCGGUCUCUGGCAAAUGUAGAGGCCGGAGAAAGAUGGCGGAAGCGGAGGCGGAGGCUAUCAGAGCGGCGUCGGAGGAGCUUGCCGGUCAAUUCAAAACCCUAAUCAAGACUGAGGAUGUUGAAUCCAUCAGAAACAUUCAGCAUCUGAUAUUGGGAAGGCUGCAAGACAGUAAUGCAGUUCUAUCUCAUUUCAACGAGUACUCUGAGCAAUGUUUCAGUCAGCUUUCUGGCGAUUUCUCAAGGAAUGCACGUCUCUUGAACUCCAUAAAGUCCGACCUUGACUACAUAUUCAUGAAACUUAGAAGCAUGAAGUCAAGUCUGAAGGCAAUGUAUCCUGAUGCAUUUCCAGAUGCUUCAACAAUUAAAAUAUUGGAUCAAAGACCUGAUUUAGAGAGGCCAUUUCCAUAGUGGGAGAGACAACAAUGUCUUUGAUCACAUCAGGUUUCACAUUUACUUUUUUAUGGCAGGGACAGGAACAAAAGGUUUGCAUGUCAUGCUAGCCAUCUUUAUUCUUUCUGGGUUCAAGGCAUUGCAUAUGUUGUGUAUGUACAUUUGCUAUUAAAUUUGAAAACCUCAUGUUAGAAAAUAAAAACAAUAAUGGUUUGUUCAUAUCGAACUCGAAGCGUCAUGCUAUUAUUACUUAUUCUUUAUUUGAUUCAUAUUCGAUAUAACAA